UGCUGAAUAAAUCAGAAACAAAAGAACAUAUUUUUCGAAGCGAAUUAAACGAAAAAAACGGAACGAAAAUCUUGAAAGAAAAAAAGGAAGUUGAUGAUUAAAGAUAGAUGUAUAAAAAAAUGCGUGAAAAAGAUCACUCACCAAGAAAAAUGUUACCGAGUCCAAAACAAGGAUGUAUAUAUCCGAUGCUUGGCUCAUCUGUCUCGCUAGGAGUGCAAAUACCAUUUGACUUGUCAACGUCGAGUCGAUCAACAACGGCGAGUCUACUACAUUCGCUUAACAAUGACCAACCAUUAGAUUUACGAGUUGAUCAUAAAAAAUCGUCCAAUAUUCAAAUCGAAGACGAAAAUCAAAAUCUGUUGGCGAGCGACGAUUCAUCGGAUGCCACAACCAAAAUUAAUGUUGCUCCAAUUUCGAGUAUUAAUCGAUUUCUCCAUUCAAAACUAAUUAAUAACAAUGAUUUAAGUAGUAAGAACAAUAAUACGAUUCAUAUGAACAAUGGAAAUAAUAACAAUCAACCGGAGCUCGAUGAAGACGAUGAUGACAACAACAAUAACAGCACGAGUAAUAAUAAAAAUGCUAACGACUCACUAUUUAGCGAAAGUAGCAGUUUGGAUUUUCGAAAGAAGAAUUUCAAUUUAAAAGAAAAUCUCCGAUCAUCAUCGUCAUCGUAUCACUUAGCCACAAGUAUGCCAAACGUAUUCUCAGCUCCAGCAUUCCAUCCGGCAAUGCUUGAAGCCAUGGCCAAAGCGGUGCGUUUACCAUUUCCAUAUCGAUUACCAUACAUUCCGUCAAAUCAUCAUCGUCAUUCACCAAACUUAGAUUUGCUACGCAUGAAACCAAAUCAAUUUUCCAACUUACCGCGAAUUAUGUCGCCGAACCACUUGUCUUCGCUUACAUCAAACUCUUCAAUUACAGCCGCAAUUGGUGGCGUUGGUGGUGGUGUCAAAUCGACAAUGAAUCACAAUAACAACAACAAUAAUAAUAAUAAUAAUAACGACAGCACGCCAAACGCAAAUAAAAUUGGCGGAAACAAUCAAUCCACAUCAUUGACAAACAAAAAUAAAGAUCGAUAUUCAUGCAAAUUCUGUGGUAAAGUAUUCCCGCGUUCAGCUAAUUUGACACGACAUCUGCGUACGCACACAGGCGAACAGCCGUACAAAUGCAAAUACUGCGAACGAAGUUUCAGCAUUUCAAGCAAUUUACAACGCCACGUUCGUAACAUUCAUAACAAAGAGCGUCCAUUUCGUUGUGCACUGUGCGAACGUUGCUUUGGUCAACAAACCAACUUAGAUAGACACAUGAAAAAGCAUGAGGCUGAUGCAGCAUCGCUCGGUCUCGGUAUUGAUGAACGGUUGAGAACAUCCAGGCAACGAAAUUCAAUGCAACGCGGAAUGCCAGACGAAUCGUAUUUCGAAGAAAUUCGUUCGUUUAUGGGCAAAGUGACACAGUUACCAAUUUCAUUACGAUCACAAGUCACAUCCGAUGCACACACAAACUCAUCGUCACGA